AUGGUCUCCCUACAAGUGGUGGCAGCUGUCAUAUUCUUCAGCUCCGCAUGGAAGUACCCAAGACUCUUCAAAGUCUUUGACACUCUGGAAAGAGUCUACCAAGAUCUCCAACACAAGACAUCAGAAGUCAAGCGCACAGUGAAGUUUUUGGGAGUCUACGCUGCUGCACUAAUGUCAGUCACCUUUUCUGAGCGAAUGGUUCGUGUGAGUUACAAUGGGGCAACGUUCGAAUAUCAAAUUUUAUUCGCAACUUUCUUCGUCACCGCGACACUGCUGUACUGCUCCCAAGCUGUCCUGCUCGUCCACUUCACACAUGUGGCUCAAAGUAUCGCAAAGUCCUUUGAAAUGGUCAACGCCAAGAUUGAGAUGGAGGUUACAAGCCCUGCCAGUAUUGACGGCUCUUAUGCAAGAUCCACUAUGCAGUGUAAAAUCAAGAAACUGAGGACUCUGAUGAAUACCUACUGGAUGCUGUGUGACGCCGUACACCAGGCUAAUGUUUUCUACUGCGAUCAGCUGAUGGCCGUUACCUUCUCCUCAUUUCUCCACAUCACUGUCACGUCUUACUACUUUUUCCUGCUCCUCAAAACUAGUGAAGUGUUCAUCAUAAUUAAUAAUGGAGCUUGGAUCUUGCUUCACAUCUGCUACGUUAUGCUGUUGCUAAAUUCAAGCACGGUCGUCACCAACAAGGCUGAUGAGACAGGACAGACGAUCUGCAAGUUGAUCAAUAAAGACUUGGACACAAAUCUGAGAAAACAGCUUGAAGGCUUUCUCCUGCAGUUGCCUCACCACAACGCAAGAUUCUCUGCCCGUGGAUAUUUCCCAGUCAACAACGAGACACUCACAGCGAUCGCUGGAGCGGUGACAACUUACCUGGUGAUACUGAUCCAGUUCCAGACUGGACCAUCAUCCACCUAGACCUAACAGGCCUAGGAGUUAGUAAAAAAGCACUAAAUAUAAACUUAGAAUUCUGUUCAGCAUUCAUUCACGUGAUAUUAUCGAAUGUAGUUUAAUACACCCUCUGAUUCAAAGAAUUAUUUGCGUCUUCACAAUCACGCUGGCAAUUAGGUUUGUGUAAAAUGUUCAUUGAGUUCCAUAAUUCAAUAAGUGUUUGAUCAACUUCGUAGUGUGGGCUUUCAUAUAUCAGGACAUACUGAUAUAAAGUAACACUGGUUGCAUAAUAUUAAACUAUUCAAUAUUGUAAA